AUGCUGAGUACUGGCUUGAUGAUUCGGACAGGCAAGACAUAUGGCAAUAUAGUACGGCUCUCUGCUAAGGUCGAUUUGGUGGCAUCGAACCUGAAGCUUGAACAACGAACCCGCAAUACGCUGCGACGACUCAGCACCAAGUGUGGCUCAAUGACAGUUUCCAAGUUGGACCCACUUCUGUCUACAAGCAACCGCAGUGUCGAAUUCGCAAGUUUGGUUGCCGAGACGGGUGAGUCAGUAAAGACCUGCGAGGAACUCCUCAAAUCAGCUGGCUGUGUGCUUGCUACUGCGCUAGAUGACAUAUCGCGGCCAUCAACGCAACAAGUGCAUAUUGAGAUAUCCGGGCGAUUGAUGUUGUGUAUUGAUGGCGGAGGCACCAAGUGUGCUGCAGUAGUCACCAACCCCGAUGGGCUUGCGAGCCACGGAUAUGGCGGACUCUACAAUCUGAAUGAUCGUGGUGAUCUACAAGGAAUGUUAGCUCCGAAAUUGGCAGAAAUCUUUGGCCUCGGUCACACCACCGCCAACUUCAGGUUAAAUACCGACGUGGACUUGCUUUUGGCUGUGGCCAAGAAGGGCUCGUCUGCGGUGGUUCUCAUUGCAGGUACGGGUAGCGUAGCCAUGCAAUACACCCGCAACGAGGAUCAACACUUGCGCGUCGCUCGCUGCGGCGGAUGGAGUCACGUUCUGGGUGACGAGGGCAGCGGUUACACCAUCGGCCUGGAUACCAUCAAGCAUACGCUUGUUGCCCUAGAAGAGAAGAUAUUUGGGCUUCGUGAGGAUCUGGACGACUUUGAGCAUGCGAACAUCAAAUAG